UCCAAAUCAUCAUCCAUCACUCUCUCUUACAUACACAAGCUCUCUCUCUCUUUCUCUCUCUCCCUCUCUCUCUCUCACUCCUCCUUCUGCUGUCUUUUUAGCGUAACUUGGAGUGAUCGGGAGCGCAGGCAGCGUCUGGAGAGCCUGGUCACUGACGGAGGAUCUGCUGCUCGCGCACGGUUUUCUCAUUAAAGCUGGACACGGCGCCCAGAGAGGAUCACAUUUCUGAUUUUUUUUUGGGGGGGGGGAUACCGUUGUGGAUUUUGUCUCACGUGUCUCCAUGUUUCCCUCAGUGGAUGUUUCUGUCGCUCUGUAUGACGCUUUCUUUUUGGAUGUUCCCCGCUCCGAGUCCGAAGCCAUUUCUGUUGACUCUCCUUUCUUCACGCGUGACCAUUUUAUUACGUUAUCAGACGCUGUGAGGCAGUGAGGCAGUGUUUGAUUCUGUCUAACGAUGCCGCGGUUUCCUUGAGUGUAUUCUUGUAGUUCAGGCAGACAUAACCCGUGCGUUAAUUAUCACAUAAAAAAAGAGAAAAGUUGGGUGCGCAAAGUUUUGGUGACUCUCGAUAAUGGCUAUGGUGGCGUGGAGAAGCGCCGAGGGAGUUGGGGACACGCAGGGGACCCUCACCUCCCCGGUGUCCCAGGUGGCACCUCUGUCUCUGCCCACGGCGCUGACGGGACACAUGAACCCUGCUCCCUCUCAGGACAUCAACCCGCCGGCAGCGCAGGGCGCACUGCCGCCGCCUAACGCGCCCGGCGCGAGCAGCGGCGCCGCGACCAACAACAACAACACCACCACGUCUUCUUCGUCCUCCUCCUCAUCCAUGGACAAACAGCAGAACCAGCACAUCGAAUGCAUCGUGUGCGGGGACAAAUCCAGCGGGAAGCACUACGGACAGUUCACGUGUGAAGGAUGUAAGAGCUUCUUCAAACGGAGCGUGAGGAGGAACCUGAACUACACCUGCAGGGCCAACAGGAACUGUCCCGUGGACCAACACCACCGUAACCAGUGCCAGUAUUGUCGCCUCAAGAAAUGCCUCAAAGUGGGCAUGAGGAGGGAAGCUGUGCAGAGAGGAAGAAUCCCCCCUCAGUCUUACCACGGCCAGUUCGCUCUGACUAACGGAGACCCGCUGCAGUGUCACUCCUACCUGUCCGGUUACAUCUCUCUGCUGCUGCGGGCCGAGCCCUACCCGACCUCCAGGUUCGGCUCCCAGUGUCUGCAGAGCAACAACAUCAUGGGCAUCGAGAACAUCUGCGAGCUGGCGGCCCGGAUGCUCUUCAGCGCUGUGGAGUGGGCCCGUAACAUCCCCUUCUUCCCGGACCUGCAGGUGUCGGACCAGGUGGCGCUGCUCCGCCUCACCUGGAGCGAACUGUUCGUGCUGAACGCCGCGCAGUGCUCCAUGCCCGUCCACGUCGCGCCAUUGCUAGCCGCCGCCGGCCUCCACGCCUCCCCGAUGUCCGCGGACCGCGUGGUGGCCUUCAUGGACAACAUCCGGGUCUUCCAGGAGCAGGUGGAGAAGCUCAAGGUGCUGCACGUGGAUUCCGCAGAGUACAGCUGCAUCAAGGCCAUCGUGCUCUUCACCACAGAUGCAUGUGGUCUCUCAGAUGUCGCCCAUGUGGAGGGUCUGCAGGAGAAAUCCCAGUGCGCUUUAGAGGAGUACGUGAGGAGCCAGUACCCCAACCAGCCCACCAGGUUUGGGAAGCUGCUGCUCCGCUUGCCUUCCCUCCGCACCGUCUCUUCCUCUGUCAUAGAGCAGCUUUUCUUCGUCCGUCUGGUGGGGAAAACCCCCAUAGAAACUCUGAUAAGGGACAUGCUGCUGUCCGGCAGCAGCUUCAACUGGCCUUACAUGUCCAUUCAGUAGAAGAGGAAAAGCUGCAGCGCUGCUGCUGCCGCAGAGGUCUCCCACCUCGAAUAACGUCAUUUCAGCUACUGCAGCUUAAAAAAAAAAAAGAGAGAAAGGUUGAAUUGAACAAAGGAAAUAAACACUGCCAGUGAAAUUAGACAGUUAAUUUCUUUUUCUUAUUUUGUACAUUUGUCGUGACACCAGAGGAAUGAUCUGAUUUAUGCUACGUUCCGUUCCAAUGUGUCUAAAAAUGAACCAUUUUGGCAGCGAGGAAUGAUCCCACACCACUGGCAAACAAAAAAAAAUGAAAAAAAAAAAAUGACUGGCUGUGACAGACAUUUUUAGUGUGCAGUCACCACUCGCAGUCUAUGUUUUUUGGGGAUUAACAAACGAUAUUUAUUCGACCCUGUGUGUGUGUGUUUAUUGUGCUUAUAAAUUAUGUUAUGGCUCCUCUUUUUAAUGUUUUAUAUAACUGCAGGGUCCGUCUGUCUUGUGUCAAUACGAUUUUUUAUUUCCCUUUUCAUUUAGUUUCAUACCUUCCAGACAUGACAUAGCACUUUGGACUAAAGGGAUAUUUCAGAAUUUUCCCCUCGUGUUCCCACAGAAAGCUGAGAUCACUGCUCUGUUUAAGUUACUUUUUUUUUUUUUAUCUCCACAUCAUCAGCAUUUGCUUGCACCAAGUAAUGCAUUACUUGUUAAUCCGUGUGGUAUCAUUUCCAAGUGUUUUCAAUAUUACUUUCUACCAGAAAUCCUCAUUUCUCUUUUGUUUUGGGGGUUUCUUUGGCUUCUAAAAUCUGUAUUUAAAAUGAUCACAAACCCUGUUUCUCAUCAAAUGAGUGAAGUAUUUUCAGCAUUUCUUAUGACGUAAACUGAGCGUUUAUGAUGGGCCUAAAAAUAUAGAUUGAAUGUUCAGUAGUAGUAAAUGUAUCUGAUAUUUUUAUAUUUAGGAUUAACUCGUGCUACACUGAGCAGUAAUGACGUCGCAGGAUUAAUGAGUGAUGCAUUACCACACACGUCCACGUUUCCAGGUCUUUUACACUGACUGUCUGACAGAGAUUAUGAAAGCACUGACUACAGUGUCAUAAUAAGAUAAAUUAAAUAUAUACACAACUUCCCAGGUCAAGUCACAAAUCUAUUUCAUUAGGAUUCAUGCAUUUAUGAGCCCAGGCUGCUGAAUGGCACAAUAGACCACUGCAGGGUAUUGCUGAAUUUAAAGUGUGUGUGUAUGUGUGUGUGUGUGUGUGUGUGUGUGUGUUGUGCAUGCAUGUCCCUGUGUGUGUAUGUGUAUGUGUGUGAGUAUUUGUUUACUUCUUUUUUGACAACCACUCUGAUGUACUGUGAAAACAUAUUGGUUAACAUAUUCGUACCAUAUUAAAUUAUAACUCAAGAUUUAUAAAUAAAGUGUAUUUGGUUUA